UCUAGAAAUACAACAGCAAUUGCGGGAAUGUACGUUUGACGUUUUGCCGGGAGAAAAAGGAAAAAGAUAAAGAAAAAUCAACAGUGAUAUUGGCGGUUCAUUAGGAAAGGGUCAAAGUGUCAAACUACCCACAAAAUUCAGAUUCUGUUUUUAUCUAUCUGAACGAUUUCCGACAAAACAAACCAGAGCAAUUCUAGGGUUUCCGACUUCCACAGAAUUUCUUCCCCAAUUCAACCUCCUCACUUCUAAUUAUUUCUGAGCAGAAUUCCGCGAUGAGUAUAACUCAAUUUGCAAUGGUUGAGGAGCUUGGUUCCCUUAUAAAAGAUAACUAUCUAAGCAGACAUCUUGUGCUUGCAGUUGAAGAGGCCUUGGUUAAUUACCUUCAGGAUGAUCCGAGUCCAGGUGGGAUUCUUGAGUUGGAACCCAUGAGUUCAUACAACCGCCUUAUCAUACACCGUCUUGCUGACAUUUUUGGAUUUGUUCACGAAUCUGUAGGUGAGGGAAAUGAUCGCCACUUGGUUCUGCAACAGUGCUUGGAGACAUCAAUACCUUCUAUACUUGUUAGUGAUGUUCUCUGGCAAUAUGGUGCAUGUGACUCUCCUUCAAUGCCUUACCAAUUAUUGAGAAGAGAUGAGGAGUGCACUGUAUUGAAGAUGAAUUUACCCUCUGCCCCAAAUUUUGUUGAGAGAGAAGCAGCUUAUCUAGCUGCACGUGAACGCAUAUUUGGUAUGGACGAAGUUCAGGCAAAAGAAGCUGCAAGACAAAGGCCAAGAAAUGUUCCUGUUGUUGCCCGUCGCAUGAUUGCCCAUGCGCUUGGCCAAAGAAUUAAUCAUUGCAAUCAGAACCAAGGCUAUGAUGCUAGACAUUCUAAUGGGCAAGCUAUGGUGGAUGACCUAGAAAGAAGUAUCAAAUAUGAUUUAGAUUUGCACCACAAAUCCUCCCCUGACUCCAGUGUUAGCACUGACAACAUUGUUGAAUGUAUUAGUGCAGAAGGUAAUAAUGCGGGUGAUUGUUUCCCUGCUGCUCAUGGAAUCUUAUUGCCGGAGGCAUCAGAUAGGAACUCUUCUGGCAGUGGUCAUAGACCAAGUGGAAGAAAUGGGUUGGUCAUCUCUAAAAUGAGUAUGAAAGAGGAAAACAUGGGAGCUGCAAAAAGAAUGUUUGCUCAUGCCCUGGGUAUACCGGCUUCAAAAGAUGGCAUUUCUCGGGGAAAGUGAAAGUUAAAGUUGGUAUGGAUAAAGAGUUGACGGAUAUUUGAACAUACUAUCAAGAGGUAUCUCUUGUGCCAUUCUCAGCUUCUGUUUGAUCAGGAAACUAGAAGAGCCCACAGUUGAAGCCAUUACUGAGAGUUGAAUGCUUGAGGUAUUAAGAUCUGGGGAUUUUUUUUCUUUCCUUCCUGAUGCAUAGCAAAAGAGUUGGCCAUGGAUAUAGUAAUGGCUAUUUGUUGACAGUUUAACCUUUCUUGUUCGCCUCAGGAUUGAUUUGUUUAGGUCAAUGUGCUUUGUUUGUAUCAAUUGCCAGAGCUGCAAGAUUGAAAUGGACCUCUAGCUACUCAUUCCGAAGGCAGCAAUGUUUGUUAUCUCACCCAGUCUUUUAAACGUAUGCUCUACCCAGGUUUCAUUAUGAUGGUUAACAGUUGGGAUGAAGUGCAGGCUUUACUGGAUCUCUGAGAUGUUGCUAAAUAAUGACUGCUGUAUCAAGAAUUUAGGACUAUUGUUAUAUUUAUGGAUGUUUUAGUUAACACUUAAAGUCUUCUAAUCAGAAUGAUUGUUUGUGACAUAAUUUAUUAUGUACUUUAUAUCUUUAAGUAAUAUAUGAAAUCGUUGUUAUUUA